GAACAAAGAAAAUAUGUGAAAAUGACAAGUAAAAGCCUCGAGGAGUCCAUGGAGGCCGUGCAGAGGGGGCUGGUGAAAGUGAUCACAGGAUCGCAGAGCAAAGUCCUGCCACCCAUGAGUCCAAAGGUGGUCACAGAGGAAAAAAGGAUCCAGAUGCUGUCACCCUCAGAGUUCCUGAAGGAGAUGUCCCUCACCACGGAACAGAAAUUGGCAAGCACACGAAUUAUAUGCCGGCCACAGAUCAUCGAACUUUUAGAUAUGGGAGAAACGACACAUCAGAAGUAUUCCGGAGUUGACUUGGAUCAGGCCUUGUUCCAGCCUUUCCCGUCAGAGAUCAUAUUCCAGAACUAUGCUCCCUGUGAGGUCUAUGAGGUGCCCUUGGUCUUGAGGAACAACGACAAAAUCCCAAGGAUGGUAAAAGUUGUGGAAGAGAGUUCACCUUACUUUAAAAUCAUCAGCCCCAAAGACAUCGGCCACAAGGUGGCGCCAGGGGUGCCAUCCAUCUUCCGCAUCCUGUUCACCCCGGAGGAGAACAAGGACUACGCCCACAUGUUGACCUGUAUCACUGAAAGGGAGAAGUUUAUUGUGCCCGUCAAAGCCAGAGGGGCUCGAGCCAUCCUGGACUUCCCUGAUGAGCUGAAUUUUUCCACUUGCCCUGUGAAAUACAGCACCCAGAAGAUUCUGCUGGUCCGAAACAUUGGCAACAAAGACUCCGUGUUCCGCCUCAAAACUCAAAGGCCUUUCUCGAUAGAGCCAACGGAUGGGAUUCUUAAUGUGGGGGAGUCCAUGCAGCUGGAAGUUGACUUUGAGCCACAGAGUGUGGGCAAUCACAAGGAAAAACUCAUCGUGACUUACGAUACCGGUGAGAUGGUAUUCGUGUGUCUCUACGGAGCUGCCAUAGAUGUGAACAUAAGACUGGACAAGAACUCAUUGACCCUGGAGAAAACCUACAUCUCUCUGUCCAAUCAGCGGACCAUAACCAUUCACAAUCGCACUAAUAUCAUCGCCCAUUUCCAGUGGAAGAUAUUUGCUACCCAAGAAGAGGAGGACAAAGAAAAAUACAGGGCCUGUGAUGAUCUGAAUAAGGAGGAAAAGAAUCAAACCACGGAGUUCCUUGAGGAUUGCCUCUUGGAUGCGUCACUCCGAGAACGCCUUUCCAUCAUCUCCCGCACCUUUGAGAACCAGAGGAAGCUGGUCCAAGGAAACAGGAUGCUCUUUCUGGAUCACAUUUUCACGCUUGAGCCCCUGGAAGGCGAUGUCUGGCCCAACUCAUCAACUGAAAUUACUGUGUACUUUAACCCCCUAGAGGCCAAGCUCUACCUGCAGACGGUUUACUGUGACAUUUCAGGCCGAGAGGUCCGCCUGCCCCUUCGAAUCAGAGGAGAAGGAAUGGGGCCCAAGAUCCACUUCAACUUCGAAUUACUGGACAUUGGCAAAGUCUUCGUUGGAUCUGCCCACUGCUAUGAGGCGAUCCUGUCCAACAAAGGCAGCAUCGACGCCCUCUUCAACGUGAUCCCCCCAACUUCAGCCUUGGGCGCCUGCUUUGUUUUCAGCCCUAAAGAAGGCAUCAUUGAGCCGAGCGGGGUCCAAGCUGUCCAGAUCCUUUUCAGAUCUACCAUCCUGGGGCACUUCGAAGAAGACUUCCUGGUCGAUGUUAACGGGUCCCCGGAGCCCGUGAAACUGACCAUUAGAGGCUGUGUCAUUGGACCUACAUUCCAUUUUAAUGUCCCUGCUCUGCACUUUGGUGAUGUUUCCUAUGGAUUUCCCCAUACUUUGAUGUGUUCCCUCAAUAAUACAUCUUUGGUCUCCAUGACCUUCAACCUGCGUGUCCGUGGAGAUGGCGAAGGCAUGUGUAGCAUCCCAAGCUACUUUCAGGAGUCAGACAGCAAAAAACGGUCAUGGAUCAACACAGAAGUAUCUACAACGAAACCAAAAGAGUUCACCAUCACUCCCAGCAGCGGCACCAUCCGUGCCCAGGGCUUUGCUGCCAUCAAGGUGACCUUGUGUUCCAACACUGUGCAGAAAUAUGAGCUGGCGCUGGUGGUAGAUGUGGAGGGCAUUGGAGAAGAAGUUCUGGCACUCUUGAUCACAGCCAGGUGUGUUGUACCUACCCUCCAACUGGUUACUGCAGAGGUGAACUUUGGACGCUGCUUCCUGAAGCAUCCAUACGAGAAGACCAUCCAGAUUGUCAACCAUGACGACCUUCCUGGAUGCUAUAAAGUCCUGCCUCAGCUGUAUGAAAGUCCACCCCCUGUACUGCUUUCCAGCCCCUCCCCAUGUGGGGUCAUCUCCCCCCACAGCACUGUGAACAUACCACUAGCCUUGGAGACCCAGGUCACUGGUGAACACAGAUCCACGGUUUAUAUUUCUGUCUUUGGGAGCCAAGAAGCACCUCUGGCUUGUCACAUACAGAGCAUUGGAGACGGCCCCGUCAUCUUCAUACGCCCCACUCAAGUUGAUUUUGGCAAUGUCUACGUCCUGAAGGACACUUCGAGAAUUCUCCAGCUAUCUAACCAGUCCUUCAUCCCUGCAUUAUUUCGGGCUCGCAUGGCAAGCAAAAAAUCCCUUUGGACGGUUAAACCCAGCGAAGGUGUAGUUCCUGCAGAAGAUGACAUUCUGCUGACCCUGACUGCCAACCUGGACGACAUAGUGACGUUCAAAGACACGGUCAUCCUGGAGGUUGAGCACAGCAACACCUACCGGAUCCCUAUCCAGGCGACCGGGAUUGGAUCCACCAUUGUCUCAGACAAGCCCUUUGCUCCAGAACUCAACCUGGGAGCACAUUUUAGCCUGGAUACACACUAUUACCGCUUCAAGCUGACUAACAAAGGACGACGGGUCCAGCAACUGUUCUGGAUGAAUGAUGACUUCUGCCCCAAGGAAAAGCAAAGUAAGAGGGAAUCAGUGAAGAAGAGAUCCACUGGUAGCCACCGCCCGUCCCAGGUCUCCCAGGAGCACACAGAUACGGGGAGUCCUGUAUUCCAGCUUCACCCCGUCAGGAUGGAGUUAUACCCGGGGCAGACGAUUGAUGUGAUACUUGAAGGCUAUUCUGCCAUCCCCAGGAAAGUCAAGGAAAAGCUGGUGUGCCAGGCCAUUGUCGGAGCCCAGAAGGGGAAAAGCAUGCUGCUGUCCGUGAACAUCAUCUGUGAGUUUAUAGCACCGCUUAUCCAGUUCUCCACCAAGCAGCUCAUAUAUCGCCUGGAGAAGAAGCCUAACACCAUGCUGGAGCCUGAUUACCAAGCCCUGACUAUAAAGAACGUCGCGACCCUGCCCGUGAGGGUGCUGCUUUCCACAACUGGACCCUUCUUCAUAUGUGAGACUGAUAAGUCCCUGCUGCCUACAACUCCUGAGCCUAUAAAACUGGAGGUUGACGAAGAGAAAAAUCUACUGGUCAAGUUUGACCCCUCCUACAGAAAUGACCUGAACAACUGGGUGGCGGAAGAGGUUCUGUCAGUCAAGUAUGUGGAGCACCCUCAGGUGGACAACCUGAACUUGCGAGGAGAAGUGCACUACCCCAACCUCAGCUUUGAAAGGAUGGUGGUGGAUUUUGGCUGCAUCCUGAACGACACGGAGGUCAUCCGUUACAUCACGAUCACCAACUGCAGCCCCAUGGUGGUGAAAUUCCGCUGGUUCUUCCUGGUGGACAACGAUGAGAAUCAGAUAAGGUUUGUGCCAUCCGUCAAGCCCUACAGUGGCCUCAUUUCCCAAGUGGAGUCCAUCCCAGUGACCUCAGUAACCACCAGCUCGCUAGCAGCCCCGCCGAUGAUAGAGCCUACCGAAAUGGACUUCAGCGACUCCAUCAAGACAAUCCUCAUAGAUGACGAAGCUGGACCUGAGGAAAGAGAACUGAAAAAGCCCACAGCAUCCACCGUGGUCUCAGAAGCAAUCAAAUACAGCUCCGCAGGAACAGAAAGGAGCCAGAGCCAGAUGGAGUACCCAGAAUCCCUGUGGAUCUUCGAACAAGAGGAGAUGCUCUCCAUUGGGAUAGAAGAAGUGUUUGACAUUCUGCCCCUCUACGGAGUCCUGCAGCCAUACAGCAGCCAGCAGAUAUCUUUUACCUUCUACGGCCACUGUGACAUCAUCGCACGGGCCAAAGCUCUGUGUGAGGUGGAAGGAGGGCCCACCUAUGAGAUAGUGCUGAAGGGGGAGGCCUCCCUGGUCAACUACUCCUUUGACACUAAGAACAUUAACUAUGGAUUACAGCUGUUUGACCAUGCCACAGAACGCGAAAUCACACUGAAAAACAUCGGGAAAGUUGGCUUUGAGUUCCAGGUCCUGACGGACUACCAGUCUUCGCCCAGGAACCUUCUCCCUGGAGUACCGCUUAUCCUGCCUCUGUCGGGGUUCAUCCAAUCAAAAAAGGAGCAGGUGUUGAAAGUUUACUACUUGCCUGGGAUACCUGAGGUUUUUCAAAGAAGCUUCCAGAUACAGAUCGCCCAUCUGGUCCCAGAAAAUAUCACUCUGUACGGAGAGGGCAUCUUUCCACGGAUCAGCCUUGACCUGCACAGGAACCUCCGAGGCAAUGACAAGUAUGAACGCUUCUUGGAGCAAGCAAAGAAAAACAUGGAAAAAGAGUACAAUAAAUAUGAGACUAUCAAUCACUAUGAGGUGAUAACUGAGGAGAUCACUGAAGAGGAGACCACAGAGAUCAGUGCCCAUCUCCAGAUGGAAGUAGAACGACUUAUAGUCCAAGACUACGCCCUGGGACACCAGACGGCCAUCUCCUCCAACACCUCAGAGGACUACUACUUCAGCCAUCGGAGUCGCCGCAAACUAGCCAAAAUCCAGCUCCCAGAGUACAUCCUGGACUUUGGCUACAUUGUGCUUGGUGACAUCCGUACCCACAUCAUCAAGAUCACCAACACCAGUCACUUCCCAGUGUCCUUCCAUGCAGAAAAGCAAGUCCUCCACGAUACAGGUUUCAGUACUGAACUAGACCGUGUAAAGAAUCUACCUUACUGUGAGACAGAAAUAUUUGAAGUGAGAUGCGACCCGCAAGGGGCCAACCUUCCCAUGGGCACCACAGAAGUCGUUCUGCCCAUCAAGGUCUUUGGAGGGCCAACCAUUAACCUCCUGCUCCAAGCCACAGUGACUAUUCCAAGUAUGACUCUGUCCUGCAGCAAAGUAGAAUUUGCUACAAUUCAGUGUGGGCAGUGCAUGGUGGAGACCAUCCAGCUUUCCAACCAUCUCCAAGUCCCCUGCGAAUGGUUUGUCCACACCCCACAGCCCACUAACAAGAUGAAUAAGCACAUACCAAAGUAUCUAAGACGGAAACUACGGGCUGAGAUGAUCCCAAAGUCUCGGAUCUUUGAGAUCCAACCCACCUCUGGAGUCUUGGAUCCUGGUGAGAGGGCCAAUGUGCAAGUGAAAUUCAUGCCUAAAGAAGAGAAAUUCUACAGCCAGUCCCUGACGUUCCAGAUCGGCCAGAGCACUCAGAAGCUCGUGCUUGUAGCGCAGGGUCAAGGGCUGGAGCCACGCCUGGAAUUCAGCCCUUCCGUUCUGGAGCUGGGGCCCCUCCUGCCUUAUGCCUCAGGAGAUGAGGCUGAGGUGAUUGUGAGGAACCCCUGCAACUUCCCCAUUGAGUUUUACUCCCUGGAAUUCGACCAACAGUAUAUUUUAGAAGAGAAGAUGUUGCGACAACUGAAGGGCUAUGACUCCUACAACACCCUGCUGCUGCCCCCGCGGAACCCAGGGGAGAAGCUUCCCCAGGAAGUCUACGAUUAUUUUAAGGAGAUGAAGAAAUCAAAAGAAGAGCAGAUGAAGGCGAAGUGCCUAGACAGUGUGACACAGGAGAACGAAGAGGAAGACAUGACCACAUCAGACCAAGGAACCUCUGCCAGCACCAAGAGGACAUCACUUAGCCGAGGGAUCUCCGUCACAUCCAACCUGGAAGAGCGGCACACUAUGGCUGAAGCCAAAAGCUACCCAGAUGAGGACGAGGAUGAAGAAAGUCUGGACAAAACUAACUUUGAACUUUCAGCUGACAAGAUCCAGAGCAUAGACAGCCACUCCGGAGAGGAGGUUGGAGAGGUGGAGAGCAACCCAGUGAGCAAGGCGAUCGCACGCCACUUGGGCAUCGACAUCUCGGCGGAAGGCCGCCUGGCCAAGAACCGGAAGGGCAUCGCCAUUAUCAUUCAUGGGACACCCUUGUCAGGAAAGACAGCCAAUGCCAUCAGCAUGGCCAAGUACUACAAUGCAGCCUGUCUGAACAUUGACUCCGUUGUCCUAGAAGCCAUGUCAGACAGCAACAACAUUUCAGGGAUUCGGGCCCGAGAGCUGUGCAUCAGAGCUGCUAUAGAGCAGUCCAUGAGGGAAGCGGAGGAGUCAGCUCAGGAGUCUUCAAUGACCCAAAAUAUUGGGGCACCAGCACGACUAAGCGCUGAGAACUUGGGCAAAUUUAACUCAGAACUCACUCUAGUGACCCAGGAAUCGAAACCUUCGAAGAGUGUGCGUGGGAGCGUGAUGCUCACCAAAGGCAAGGCGGAAAGCCACUGGUCUGGGUCUCAGAAGCAGCAGCAUCAGCACCAAUCAGAAACACCUCAGAUUCCCUCUAGCCCUCUCCUCAUGGGGCCCACCCAGCGGCGGCUCAGUGUCAGCGCCAGCAUCGGAGGUGAGACGGGACUGAUGAGCUGCGUGCUCCCGGAUGACCUUCUCGUUCAGAUCCUGGCUGAGCGGAUACAGCUCAGUGACUGUUUCAGAGGUGUGGUGUUCGACAGCCUGGACACGCUCUUUGCACGGAAUGCACCCUCUGCCCUCCUCUGCCUGCUAAAGGCCAUUGGCAGCCGGGAGUACAUAUAUGUCCUCAACAUGGCUCAGGAUUAUAUGGUCAUGAAAGCCCAGGAGAAGGCCAAAAAGGAGCUAGAAGAGCGCAAACACAGGGAAGCCAUGGCAAAGGAGAAGGAGCGUCUCCAAACAUUAGAUGAGGAAGAAUAUGAUGCCCUAACACCAGAAGAGAAAAUUGCAUUUGACCGUGAGGUUCGGCAGGCACUCCGGGAGAGAAAGAAGAGGGAGCUGGAAAGGCUGGCCAGGGAGAUGCAGGAGAAGAAGCUGCAGCAGGAACUGGAGAGGCAGAAGGAAGAGGACGAGCUGAAACGGAAGGUCAAAAAGCCCAAACAGGGCCCUGCGAAGGAGGAGCCGCCCCUUAAAAAGCCACAAGUAGCCACAAACAAACAGAUUCUCGCAGCUGCCAAGUUAGAAAUGAAAAUAGAAUCAAUAGAAAGGAAGAUUUCGGUCAGAGAACACUCAACAUUUGAAGAGUCCACCAAGAAAAAGAAAGCCCCAAAUGACUACGCGUUUGGAUUUCCUAUUCCCCAGGAACAAGAAGACAGUGAAGGGGACUUCCUAAAGGAUGCUGACAGGAUACUGGCACAAAGGUUUAAAGUCUACGAGUUGUGUCUCAAGGAUAUCCAAAACAUCCUCAUGUACUGGGACCGCAAGCAAGGGGUCCAGCUGCCUCACGCAGGCAUGGAGGAGCUGACCCACGAUGCCGAUGACCAGCGCCAGGCUCCGUCCGGUGGCGGCGGUGGGCGUAGGGGCCGCAAGGACCGGGAGAGGGAACGCUUGGAGAAGGAGAGGGCAGAGAAGGAGCGCCUGGAACGGGAGAAGGCUGAGAGGGAACGCCUGGAGAAGCUGCGGGCCCUGGAGGAGCGGAGCGACGGGGAAGGGGAAGGAGAGGAGGAGCACGAGGGGAAGAAGGAUUUUGGGGUGCCCUUUAUCAACAUCCAGACUCCAGACUUUGAAGGCAUAAGCUGGAAGCAUGCCCUGGAGAGCGACAAGCUGCCCAAGGGAGAUCAGAUCCUGGACAUCCUAGGCCUGGGGUCGUCUGGACCACCCAUCCCAUCUCCUGCCUUGUUCUCCAUCAUCUCUUACCCAGUGAAGAGGCAGUCUUUGGUCGCCACUGAGAUCCUGAAGCACUUUGUGUUUGUGAUUCCACCAAAUGAUGAACUCUCUCUGUUGGACGAGAAAAAAGAAUUAGAAGGAGACUCAGAUCUCUUCCUCAACUCCAUGGUAGCCAGGGUCCAAGAGGAACAGGCCUCUCCAUCUAAGGGGAGCAAGCAGAAAACGAAAGAAAAAUCCGAACAAGCUCGUGAGACUCAGAAGGAGAAACGGCGCUCAAACUUCAGCAGGAAAGGCCUCUCUGGGGGACCGUCAGGGACCACUGCUCCCAUGUCUGACAUAGACCAGAGCUUUGAAGGGGAACACUCCCAAGAGAAGUUCACCAGGCUGAAUCACUUCCGGUGGAUUGUGCCUCCCAAUGGAGAGGUGACCUUGAGAGUGCACUUCUCCUCCACUGAACUUGGCAACUUUGACCAAACGUUUAAUUUCGAGCUCCUUGGGACACGCCGCCAGUACCAGCUCUACUGCCGUGGAGUCUGCACCUACCCAUAUAUCUGCAAAGACCCGAAAGUGGUGUUCCCUCAGAGGAAGAAAGAAAUGAAGCUAACUGAAGUCGUCUUUAAGAAGUAUGUGAUGAGCCUGGAGAGAUUUUACUUUGGGCCACUGCUUUGUGGAAAGCCAAGAGACAAGUACAAGUCAUCCUUGUUCCCUGGCAACAUGGAGACGCUGACAAUAAUGAACGACUCUCCAAUGGUGGUAGAGGCAUACUUCUGUUUUCAGAAUGAUGUGAAAGCAAACACCUACUUCCUAGAGCCCAACAACAUGACUCUGAAACCAAACGAAAAGCAGAUACUAAAUGUAUGGGCCUACCCUACUGCAACUGGCGUCUUUGAAGACAGCAUUGUCUGCUGCAUCAAGGAGAACCCAGAGCCAGCCAUCUUUAAGUUACACUGCCAAGGAAUUCGCCCAGAAAUUGAUGUGGAGCCCAGGCAAAUACAUUUUGACCGACUUUUGCUUCAUAGAAGAGAAUCCAAGACGGUAAUUUUCCGCAAUAUCACACCACUCUCUGUGGCCUGGCGGAUCACCAGCCUGGAGCACCUAGGCGAAGACUUCACCGUGUCCUUGAUGCAGGGCAUCAUCCCACCCAAGGGAGAGUUUGCAAUACAGGUGUACUUCCAUCCCACCAAACCUACCAACAUCAAGAAGGCCAUUCGGGUUGAGGUCUUAGAUGCAGAUAAUCUUGUUGGUGUUGUUCAGAUCGAAAACAUCUUGGUCUUUGCAGAAUCAUAUGACAUUGCUUUGGACAUCACCUUCCCCAAAGGAGCUGAAGGAGGGCUGGACUUUGGGACCAUGAAGGUCAUGGAGGAGGUAAAGCAGCCCCUUCAACUGAAGAACCGUGGGAAGUAUGAGAUCGUGUUCAGCUUCUCUGUGGACUCCUUAGGGAUUUUUCCAACAAAUUUAAAUUCCAUGAUCUCAGUCAUACCCAAAAGGGGGUCACUGAUCCCAACAGAUAAGCCCACAAGUGUCCAGGUAUACUUCCGAGCAAGAAAGGAAGUGAAGAUUGAGUACCAUCCCGUUCUGCGAUGCCAGAUUAUUGAUCCCAGUCUCAUAGAAAGUGAAAUCAUUGCCAGCAUCCCAAUCAAAUUUUCUGUGAACGCUGUGUACUCCAAAUUCACCAUCAGCCCCUCCUCCAUCAUCAAUUUCGGGGCAUUGAUCUACGGUACCAGGAAGAGCACCACCUUGACCAUAGAAAACCAAGGCAUAACCGACUUCAGAUAUGCCCUCUACAGGCUGACAGGGGAGAGUCAAAUUCAUCAAAAGAAGAUGGCCGGCCACAUAAGGCACACAAGAACCCGAGACAGUGAGAGCCUCUUCAAGCCCGCGGCUACCAAAACGGCCAAGUUCUCAGACACAGUCCAGAAAGACGUGAACAUAGCAAACCAGGCCCGCUUCUCCCAUGGCAUGUUCACCGUAUACCCAGGAUUUGGCUCUGUCCCUUCCGGAGGACAGCAAGUUGUCACCGUUGAGUGUGUGGCCGACCCUGUGGGACGGUGUGAAGAGUUUUUGGCCAUCGAUAUCUCUGACCGAGACCCUAGAGAAAAUCCUGGUGGCAUUCCUUACACUCUGCUUGCUGAAGCGUGUCUGCCAGCUUUUGUGACCGACAACAGUGUCUUGAUAUUUGAGGAACACCAGAUCUGUACCAGCCCUAACCUGUACCACAUCCAACAGACCAUACAGAGUGGGGGGCUAUACGUGGAGGAUGAAAAUAAGUUCAUCUUCUGCAAUGUCCUGGUGGGUCAUCAGGCCAAGGCUCGGUUCAAGAUCAGCAACGUGGGAAAGAUCGCCUGUGACAUCAACAUUGUCGUCAAGCCCCUCUCCAGCAAGACGACCGCCCGCAUCAUGGACAUCUUUGAUGUGGAACCCAACAAGAUGUGUAUUGGGAGCCGCUCACAUGCCUUUGCCACAGUGCUGUUUACACCACAGGCCAUGCAGACCUACCAGUGCAUCUUUGAGGCUACUCUGGAAGGCUUGCCCAGCAACCUGACCAGGAACCGAGGUCUUAUGUUUGAUAUUAUUGGUGAGGGGACCCUCCCUCGAGUGACUGUCAUUCGACCAACUCUGUAUAACCAACAUGGAAACCCCUUGCUCCUGUUUAAGAGACUUCUCCUUGGCCAUUCAGAGAAACUGCCUCUCAUCCUUAAGAACAAUGGUACCAUCCCUGCCCAGCUGCAUGUGGACCUGCGGGACCAGCUAGGAGUCUUCUCUCUGAAAGGGAGACCCACCACCUCCUACAUCUACAUCAUUGAAGAAAACAAACCAAAUGAAAAAGUCAAAAAAGCCCACACAGCCUCCCUGGUUGUCUCUCCUGGAGACACAGCUGAAUUCGAUGUGUGUUUCCACUCCAAUAAGAUUGGGAGAAUGACAGGCACCAUCCACUUGUCAGUGAUCAACAACCAAUAUGAGGAGACCAUGAUCCACCUGGUGGGAGAAAGCUACGAGGAUGACAUUACCUUGGACAACAUCCAUGGGCUGACAGGUUCCACCAGCCAGGAUAGCUCCGAUAUGUCUGAGGUCAUAGAGAUCGCGGAGGAAACUUCCAUGGAGGAUUUGGUGGCAGCGGCCCUAUUGGAUCACAUCCAGUUUGGGCACUGCCACAUUGGAAGCAACUACAACGUGAGCUUCACCAUCAGCAACCACAGCCAAGUGAAUGUGAUCCGGUUCGAGUGGCCCACGUUAUCUUCACUGACCUUCUCCCCACAGAUAGGGCAUCUCCACCCUGGCUGUUCCAAGGACGUGGUGGUGACCCUGAAAUCAGACGUCCCUAUCAGCCUGAAGAAGAUGUCUGUCAAGGGCAAGCUCUCUAAGAUCGCGUUUCAGCUCCCUGCAGACCAGGUCCAUGACUGGGACGACCGCAUGCGCACAGUCAAGUGGGUGGAUGCUUCCCGAAGCACACCCGGGGCCUUGACAACCAAAAAAAAGGUGAUAGAGACAGACCCUGAGCCAGCCCACUCGAUAGUAGAAGAAAAUUACCGAGAGCUGCGGAUCCAGAUCAGUGCCAAUGUGGAUUUUGCUUCAUAUCAGUGCCAAACUAGUGACGUGUUCUUUAAGGAAACGCUGGUUUAUCAGACCCGAGUGUUUGAGUUUGACCUUGUCAACACAGGACAGGUGCUGUUAGAAUACAGCUGGGCCUCGGAUGAACCCUCCAAGGCAGUCACGUUUUUCAUGCCAGAAAGUCACGGUUCCAGUCAAAAAGAUCAGCUAAGUCAGGGCACAGGCAGCACCCUGGACAGCGCCCUGGACCACUGGACCGAAGGCUGUCCCUCCCCCUUCUCAGUGGAGCCCUCCUCCGGCGUAGUGCCUGUAGGGAAGUCGCAGAAGCUCAAAGUGAAGUUCUCCCCGAUGGACACUGGCGAGUUCGAGACCACCCUGUACUGCCAGAUUCCCAACCUGCCAUCUGGAGAGCAAGGCCCCAUUCUGCUAACUAAAGGGCGAAGCGUCCUGCCAUUCUGCCAUUUUGAACUGAAGGAAUCAGACUACAUCAGUGGCCAUCGGCGCAACCCAGAGCUCCGAGGACCAGGCACUGGACCUCUCGAUCCAAACACCCAAGUGAUCGAGUUCACCAGUGUGGGUAUAGGAGGAAAAGAUUUCCGGACCUUUACAAUUCUGAACCCGACCAACAGCACCUACUCUUUCUGCUGGACCUCUGAAGAGACAGAAAGUCUCCAGCACCCUCCAGCCUUUGUGUGUCUUACAGAAAAGGGUGUUAUCCACCCUGAGAAGAAAGCUGAGAUCACGUUCCAGUUCCUGCCUGUUCACCUGGACAUCACAGAGGCAUUCUGGACUUUCUCUAUCCCAGAGCACGAUAUCUCAGUCCCCUUCCUGCUGGUGGGCAAGAGCACGGACCCCCUCAUCUCUCUUGACAAGUCACACCUCAACUUCAGCUCUCUACUCAUCGGUAGAGAAGCCCGAGAAACGGUGAAGAUCAUCAAUGACGAGGAGCAAGGGUUCGAUUUUGCCUUCCAGGAGAACUCCCGCUAUUCUGAAGGAUUCAAGAACAGCCUGACUGUAUGUCCCAUGAAAGGCUGGAUUCCACCACUGUCCAGGUUACCAGUUGAUAUUUUCUUCACACCAAAGCAAGAAGGAGAUGUGAACUUCAAUUUGGUCUGUAACGUAAAGAGGAAAGCCCACCCUCUGACACUCAAUGUCAAAGCCGAGGGCUACACUAUGAAUGCUGAGGUCAAGUGCAAAGACAGGACAGGCUCCACCACCCUCUUGGUGUCCAACCAGGUCAACACCAUCAACUUCUAUGAGGUAGAGUUAAAUGAAUGCGUUCAGUGUGAAUUCAACUUCAUCAACACUGGCAAGUUCAACUUCAGCUACCAGGCAGAGCUCUCUGGGCCCAAAUCCCUGCUGCAGUACUUGGACUUCACGCCCACUGACAAUAGUGUAGAUGUGGGUCAAUCCGAGCCGGCCAGCCUGUCUUUCCAACCUUAUGAGAAGUGUGUCUUGAAGGGCCUGGAACUCAAAAUCAAGAUCAGCCAUGGCCCAAUAUUCAUAUGCAGCAUCAUAGGCUGUGCUGUGAGCCCAGCUGUCCAGUUUUCCUUCACCAGCUACAACUUUGGGACUUGCUUCAUCUACCAAGCUGGGAUGCCCCCGUACAAACAAACCCUUGUUGUCACCAACAGAGAAGAAACAUCUAUGAGCAUAGACUGUUUAUAUACCAACACAUCACACCUCGAGGUGAACUUCAGUGUGGACGUGAUAAAGUCAGGGAAGACACUGGAGAUCCCAAUCACCUUUUACCCUCGGGAAGCCAUCAACUACCGAGAAGUCAUCCCUUUUGAAAUCAAUGGGCUCUCUCAACAGACAGUGGAGAUCAAAGGGAAAGGCACAGAAAUGAAGAUUCUAGUUCAAGACCCAGCCAAUAGGAUCGUGAAGCUAGGAGCUGUCCUGCCAGGACAGGUUGUAAAGAAAACAGUUUCCAUCAUAAAUAACAGCCUUGCCCAGCUGACCUUUAACCAGUCAGUCAUGUUCUCCAUUCCAGAACUCCAGGAAGACAAGGUCAUCACCUUGGAGCCCUUCCACAAUAUCACCCUAAAGCCUAAAGAAGUCUGCAAGCUGGAAAUCACCUUUGCCCCCAAGAAGCGCAUCCCUCCUUUCUCUGAGGAAGUGUUCAUGGAAUGGAUGGGGCUCCUGCGUCCCCUCUUCCUCCUUAGUGGCUGCUGUCAGGCCCUGGAGAUUUCCCUGGACCAGGAGCAUAUUCCCUUUGGUCCCGUUGUGCACCAGACGCAAGCCACACGGCGCAUCCUCAUGAUGAACACAGGCGAUGUGGGUGCAAGGUUUAAAUGGGACGCCAGGAGAUUCAUGCCCCACUUCUCCAUUAUCCCUGAAGAAGGCUACAUCACCUCAGGCAUGGAGGUUGCCUUAGAAGUAACCUACCAUCCCACUGAGGUGGGCAAGGAGAGUCUCUGUAAAAACAUCCUCUGUUUCAUCCAAGGAGGAAGCCCUCUGUCCCUUACCCUGUCUGGAAUCUGCGUGGGACUACCUGCAGUGAAAGAGGUGGUGAAUUUCAACUGCCAAGUGCGCUCCAGGCACACACAGAUCAUCCUGCUCUCAAAUCGUACCAACCAGACCUGGAAUCUGCACCCCAUCUUUGAUGGCGAACACUGGGAGGGACCCGAGUUCAUCACCCUGGAGGCCCAUCAGCAAAACAAGCCCUAUGAGAUCACCUACAGGCCCCGCACUAUGAAUCUGGAGAACCGUAAGCACCAGGGCACUCUCUUUUUCCCCCUCCCGGAUGGGACCGCCUGGCUGUAUGCCCUGCACGGGACUGCCGAGCUCCCCAAAGCUGUUGCCAAUAUCUACCGUGAGGUUCCAUGUAAGACUCCCUAUGUUGAGCUCCUGCCAAUCAGCAACUGGCUGAACAAGCCCCAGAGAUUCCGCGUCAUUGUGGAAAUACUGAAACCGGAGAAGCCAGACCUCAGCGUCACUCUGAAGGGCCUUGAUUACAUUGAUGUUCUGUCUGGCUCCAAGAAAGACUACAAGCUGAAUUUCUAUUCCUACAAGGAGGGGCUCUACACUGCAAAGGUGAUCUUCCGGAACGAGGUGACCAAUGAGUUCCUGUACUACACUGUGAGCUUCAGGGUCAUCUCUUCUGGCAUUAUAAAAACCAUCCAGAUGACGAGCUCAGUCCGCCAGAGUGUGUCAGCCUCCAUCAAGUUGGAGAACCCGCUGCCCUACUCGGUGACCUUCUCUACAGAGUGCAAGUUAACUGACAUCAGCCUGCCUUCCCAGUUUGCUGUGCCUGCAAACUCUGAGGGAACAUUCUCGUUUGAAUUCCAGCCCCUGAAAGCCGGAGAAACCGUCGGGAGAUUGACCAUCCACAACAGUGAUUUGGGUUACUACCAGUACGAGCUCAUUCUGAAGGCCUUGCCCGCACCUCCUGAGAAAACUGUCCACUUCCAGACUGUUCUUGGCAGCAACCAAAGCAUCUUAGCAAAGUUCACCAAUUAUACUCGGCAGAAGACAGAGUACUACUGUAAGACGGAUUGUUCUGACUUCCACACGGAAAGAGUCAUUAAUGCAGCCCCAGGAUCCCAGGGUGGUACCGAAGUCAGUGUGGAAGUCAUCUUUGAACCCAGCCACCUGGGUGAGACCAAAGGCAUCCUGAGCCUGAUGUCACUUGUAGGUGGUGAAUAUAUCAUCCCACUCUUUGGAAUGGCUCUGCCCCCCAAGCCCCAAGGCCCCUUCCUCAUAAAAGCCGGAUACAACAUCACCAUCCCCUUCAAGAACGUCUUCUUGCACGCAGCAAACUUCUCCUUCAUUGUGGAGAACCCAGCCUUCACCAUCCGGGCAGCAGAAGCCGUGCGACCCAAGAAGAUAAACAACAUCACCGUCUACUUUGAAGGGAACCCUUCGGGCAGCAAAACCCCUAUCACAACCAAGCUGAUUGUCACCUGCCUUCAGUGUGAAGGCACCGAGUCUGGAAUCAAAUGGGUUUAUUAUCUGAAGGGAAUAACUCCUUAAGUUACAACUGCACCAAGUAACAGCCGCCUUCUCAGCCUAUGAGCCAUGUGUUGUGCUA